AUGGAAACCGUCCACCGCACCACUGUGGUGAUCAUCGGCGCCGGCCCCGCCGGCCUAGCCACCUCCGUCUGCCUCUCCAAGCUCGCCAUCGCCAACACCAUCCUCGAGAAAGAAAACGUCACUUGCUCCCUGUGGAAGCACCGAGCCUACGACCGCCUCCGCCUCCACCUCGCCAAGCAGUACUGCAACCUCCCCUUCGCGCCGCCCCACGCCGCCUCCACCCCGACCUUCAUGUCCAAGGACCACUUCACGGCCUACGUCGAGAGCUACGUGUCCCGCUUCCAAAUCGAGCCCCGGUUCGACUGCCUCGUGACCCGGGCGGCUCAUGGGAUGGGCAAGUGGAGGGUGGAGACGGCGCGGGGGGAGGUCUACGAGGCGGAGUUUCUGGUCGUGGCGGCGGGGGAGAACGGCGUGCCGUUUGUUCCCGAGGUGGAUGGGAUGGAAGGGUUUGGCGGCGUGACGCUUCACUCUAGUGGUUACAGGAACGGGGAGGAGUUUAAGGGGAAGGAUGUGUUGGUGGUCGGGUGUGGGAACUCCGGCAUGGAGAUCGGGCUCGAUUUGUGCAACCAUGGUGCUCGUGCUUCUAUUGUCGUGAGGGGACCGUUUCAUGUGGUGACGAGGGGGAUGGUGCAUUUGGGAAUGCAAAUGCUGAAAUACGUGAAGAUGAAGUACGUCGACUCCAUCGUUGCAUCCAUGGCGAGCUUCUACUACAGGGAUUUGCCCAAGUACGGGAUUCACCGCCCGGCCCUGCAGGGCCCUUUCACCCACAAGUCCACCACCGGGAAAACUCCGGUCAUCGACGUCGGCACCGUCGACCGAAUCCGCUCCGGACAAAUCCAAGUCGUCCCGGGAAUUGAGAGAGUACUGAAAGGAACGAACGAGGUGGAGUUCGCAGAUGGCACGACGCGUCGUUUUCAUGCAAUCCUGUUUGCUACUGGUUAUAGAAGCUCUGCAAAUAGUUGGCUCGAGGAUUUCAGCUACAUAUUUAACGGGGAGGGGAUGCCUAAAAAUGAAAUGCCAAACCACUGGAAAGGAGAGCAUGGGAUCUACUGUGCUGGAUACUCGAUGAUGGGUAUUAAUGGAAUUUCCAAGGACGCCGCCGCAAUUUCGGAAGACAUCAUCAGCCAAAUUAUGAAGAACUAG